AUGGAGCACUUCCGCGAGUUUUGCAAGACUGACUGGUACGGCAGGGCCAUCAUUGCUGCGGGCGAGGACUACUCCUGCAUGUUUCGGUCUAUGACAGUUGCGGUCAACCUUCUCAAGCGCCCCAACCUGGUUCCGCAGACGGUGAUCGAUGAUUUCUUCGCCGAGGCUAAGAGCAAGUUCGACGUGGACAUGAACCCGGGCUGCAAUUGGAAGCAGUUCACGGCUUUCCUGCGCAAGCUGCGCCAGCAUGGGACUGCGCUCAAGAUUAACGAGAUGAUCAAGAACAACUACGUCCAAGGAGGGCGUCGCGGGCCGCGUGUGUUGAGCGAGCUGACUCCGGACAAGGGCGUUACGGAUGGACUGUACAUCGUGGCGGCUUACAACGUCCGAUUCGUGGGCCAUGCAGUUGUGCUUCACGUGGCGGACGGGGGCCAGCGCAAGACCAUUAUCGACAAGGGCAAGGAGAAGCCUGUGGAGGAGUGUCGCUGGAUGAACUUCUUCGCAUUUGUGCGUCCGUUCAGAGUCUGGUAA